CCAGUCGAACCUUGUUGGUGGUUCGGUUCGGAUCGAAUUUCGGCGCAGCAAUCGUUGGACGUGAGCACACCACCGUCAAGCUACGUUCCACCGUAGCCAGCCAGCGCAGACAACUUUCACUAGACGACUAGCGCGCAAAUAUUUGGCUAUUUUGACGCGCGACGGGUUAUAAACGAAUCUUGAACCCUAAGCAGUAGCAGCAUCAGCGACAGUGCAUUCUCGCGUGGUGGGUGGUUUCUGGUGCAUCCCGGCAGGCAUUGCUCAACCGUAGCGCCGAUCAGUCGCAGUUGCAGCCGAACGCGAGAUAAAGGUGCGACCUCGUCUAGCGCAGACGCAAACAAACCAACACAAUCGAAAUGCAAAAUGGACGAGUUCCCGGAGGACAAACGAAUCAAGCGUUCGAACUGACAGACCCCGAAAGCGCCCGAAAACCACCAGCAGAUGGCACUGCGGACCCGGUAGCCGGUGAUUCCGCUGCCGGAGGCGAUCACGGAAUCGACCACCCGACGACCUACCUGGAAUCAAUAAUGCACAUCUUCAAGGGAAACGUAGGUCCCGGACUGUACGCCAUGGGAUGGGCCUUCUACAAUGCGGGUAUAAUAGCGGCGCCCAUUCUGACGAUCCUGCUCGGUAUCACGUGUGUCCACAGUCAACAUCUGCUGCUCAGAUGCGCCGCGAAGAUGAAGCUAAAAAUACCGAACUCAAAUCACCUACCGGACUUCGCAGACACGGUCGAACUCUGCUUCAUCCAUGGUCCGACGAGAUUUCAGCGCUGCGCACGUGUGAUGCGAAUAGCUGUAAACGUGUUCAUCUGCAUCACUCAGCUGGGAUUUUGUACGGUGUAUUUCGGGUUCAUUAGUAAUAACUUAAAGCAAAUCUACGACUUCUAUGGAAUCUACCUGGACGUUCGAGUGCACAUGACCAUCAUCCUGCUGCCGAUUCUACUCCCCUCACUAAUCCGAAAUCUCAAAUACCUGGCCUGGUGCAUGACACUCGCCAAUGCCUGCAUGAUCCUGGGGAUCUGCAUCACCGCGUACUACGCCGUCCAGGAACUACCUUCGAUCCAGGAACGUGACUAUUUCUCUAGCUGGCGUGAACUUCCGCUGUACUUCGGAACGGCCAUCUUCGCUUUCGAAGGAAUCGCACUGGUGCUACCGUUGCAGAACGCGAUGAAAAAGCCGGCUAACUUUGGACGACCACUCGGGGUGUUGAACGUGGGCAUGUGUGCCGUAACGUUGAUAUUCGCUUCUUUAGGUUUUGUCGGUUAUCUGAAGUGGGGAGAAAAUGUGAAGAGUAGUUUGACGUUGAACUUGCCCGAAGACGAGGUUCUGGCGCAAAGUGUUAAAGUUAUGGUUUCGCUGGGGAUUCUGCUGGGAUACGCGUUGCAGUUUUUCAUAGCGAUACAGAUAAUGCUGCCGGCGGUGCUCCGGAGGUUUAGCUGCGGUGCGACGAAUCCCGUGCUGGUAGAGUUGGCCUUUCGGACGGUGAUGGUACUGGUGACAUUUACUGUCGCUGAGAGUAUCCUAAACGUGGGAGCUUUGAUUUCGCUGAUCGGAGCACUCUGUUCAACCGCCCUCGCUCUAGUUUUCCCACCAGUUCUGCAGCUUGUCCUAGGAUUAGCGGAGAGCGAGUGUCGAAAUUCUGAACAGGCCGAUGAGGCGCAGAAGGCUAACCGAAUCGGUUGGUUCGUGUGGAUCAAGAACAUUUGUAUACUGAUACUGGCGUUGUUUAUUUUUGUAACCGGAACCGUCGAGAGUUUGGAAGCUAUUAUAUAUGCGGAGUGAGUGAGUGUAAAUAUAGAGUAGGAGUGUU